AUGCAAAAAGAAAUUGCGUAUGAUAAAGCUAUAUAUUUGAUGGUAUAACCCACUAAGUAAGAGAAUGGAAAUGAGUUAUUGUUAAAUGAAUUAAGCAACUAAAACACAUUUAUAAUUAACUGGAAAUUAGGAUUGGCAAGAUUGUGCCCUCUAAAUAAAUGCUAGCCUGAAAUUCCAAUAAAUGAUUAAUUUAGACUUCUAGUAAUAAUGAGCCGUUAUUCAAAUUUUUGGAACUUCGUUUUUAAAAUAAACUACAAGAUUACCUAAAAGAAAAAAAAUUAUAAACCUUUAACUGAAUUUAUAUCUGGUAAUGAUUCUAUCUUCUUACUACUAAAUUGGAGUAAAUAAUUAAACAGAAAAAAUUAACUGUUUAAUAUUACAUAGAUUUCACUAGUGCUUAUUAGAAGAUUGAUAGAUAAAGAUUAUAUAAAAUAUUAAAAAAAAGAAAUCCGCUAGAAGUAAAAAAUUUUGAGUAUUUAGAAGCUAUUCACAGCAGAAUAUAGUAUGUAAAUAUUAUAAUUCAUAAAAUAAAAUCUGUUUCAGAAAUGGUGUUCCUCAAGGGUCACCAAUAUCACCUGCCCUAUUUAACAUUAUUUUGAUGAAUUCCUUAAAAAUUUGAUCCAAGAAACUAAAAUACUUUUGAGUUUUUAGGAUAUGCUGAUGAUUUGGUACUACUAACAAAGUAAAGAAACUUAGGUUUCCUGCUUAAUAAUAUACACGAGAUAUCUGCUUAGUGGAAUCUCAGAAUAAAUACUAAGAAAAAAGUUACAUCAUGCAAAUAAAACACAAAAUUAAAUGCUAAACUAUAUGUGAAUUCCCUAUUGUUUUAAGUUACAAAUAUUUAGGGAUAGUCAUAGAUAAUGAAGGAACUUUUCAGCAUCAUAUGUGAAAAAUCUAGCAUCUAAGAUAAACUUUUUUAAUAACUAACUCUGCUUCAUAUCCAGAACUACAGAAUUUUCACAAAGAGUAUUUCUCUAUAGAAUGUGUAUUGAACCUUAUUUUCUGAAUUGUUCUGUUGCCUCAUACUUUAAUAAUAAAUAAAUUUCUCAAAAAUU